GUCGUCGCCAUCCUUGAGCUGCUCCUAAGCUGCGCGCCCACCGACGUCUACACCGUCGAGCGCUGCGCCGCACCUGACUAUCUGUCCCUAUUUCUGCUGCAUCGGACUUCACUUGGCCUUCACAGUCUAGAGAACAAAGAGUAUGCUGGCUCCGUUUCCCGUCAGUCUCCCUGCCCGUCGGUCUUCCCAGCCGCCCAAGAAGCUGGGUCAGCCAGCGAACACGGCGCAUCCUGGCCCAUCGACCAUCGACCGUGCUAGGCCAUCAACUCCGGAACCACACUCUGUUCCAAGUUCUCCGGCUGCUGAGCAAUCGAUGUUCUCGAGGAAGUCCAUCUUCCUCAGAAAACGAACCGCUAGUCUCUCGACUGUUGGACGUCCUGGACCUGUCCCAUUUCCCUCCCGGGACCCCGACGAUCUCCAUGGCCCUCCCCCAGCGCGCCCGCCACGAAACCCUGCUCGAAAGACGUCAAAACGCCCUUCGACUUCCUCUGGGCUCCCACAUGACACCCCAGCCAAGGCUGCCUUCCCCUUAACUUCGCCAACUAUGCCUUCCUCACCCCUCUUCCCUCUUUCCGACCUCAUUCCCCUUCGUCGACGUAGCACCAAGACCAAGUCCCGAAGACUGUUUCACCCUAACGAGAGCGCUCCAGCUUUCGUCUCUACCAGCGGUCCAGCCAGCACUUCGUCUUCCAAGUCGAGUUUCCUCGAGGACAAGGAGGCCAAUGAUGUCUCCCACUUUUCGACCGCCGACCGAGCAAUUCUCCAGGAGCUAAAGAGGAAUAUGACCGCUCGGAAACACCAGUUCGUUCUCAAGGGAGGGAAGAAACAUCAUCCGUUUCCUGCGAAGGAAGUCCCGUAUCCCAGGAAUUAUGAGCGGUCUGUUGUGGAUCAUGAUGUCUGGGAGACAGCCUUCUGUAAGAGUUUGUGUGAGAGUGUAACGUUCCAUGUAUUCGAAACCCCACCAGCAAAAGUCCUUGAUCUUGGGUGUGGUACUGGAAGUUGGAUCCUCGACUGUGCCAAAUUAUGGCGGCGUUGCGAGUUUGUUGGAGUCGACCUUGUCCCAUUGCAACCUAAUCUGUCCCAAUUACGGUCUGAUCUUGGAUCACGAAUAACAUGGGUUCAUGUGAACUGUCUGGACGGUCUUCCGUUCCCGAAUGAAGAAUUCGAUUUUGUACACAUAAAACGUCUCGCACACGGUAUACCCGAGGAUAAGUGGGACGCCUUGUUGGAGGAGAUCGUGCGGGUAAUGAAGCCAGGUGCGGCCUUCGAGAUGAUUGAAGAAGACCUGUUCUUCCCGGGCAAGAAUUACGAGCCCACGCGAGCUUCGUCGACACCACCCCUAUCACCCCUUCCUAUACCCAUAAAACUAUCGGAGGAUCAUCCUCCUCGACAGUCUACUCGACCACAAUCGAGCAGAGGUUCCACGAGCACACAAUCGUCUAGCUUCUUCUCGCCGUCACAUCACUCUAAUCCUCUCUCGAUCUCAACUAUCUCUACGUUAACGACGGCGCGGACUUCGACGUCAUCACGAGCACCUGGGACACCUCUAUCUUCCGUUUCUUCCUCUCCCAGUCUUCCUGGCGCUCAUGUCGUCAAACCUCUUUCUACUCUAACCUCCGAGGAUGCACCCUCGCCACUAAUACUGCCUUCCCCUCCGGUCCCUCGUAAUCCGAGGGACCACUCUUUGCUGGAACACAUAUACACCGAGAUGCAUUCUUCUCGUUUUAUCAAUAUGUUUCCUUUAUCAUUGCUAUCGAACUCGCUACCCUUGUAUUUCACAGAUGUACGGACACAUUCACCUAUUAUGUAUAUGUUUCCUCCGCGGGCGGCAACACAGCAGAGACCGACAUACCCACAAGCUACCAGCGAUUACGCCGACAGUGACCUGGACUCUGACGGUGAACUGCUCUCACCUUCCCUCACUGCACACCAUCCUCGCCAACCGUCCACGAUCAAGGCCAGCAUCAGCGAUGGCGGCCACUUUCGUCGCUCGCGACCAUCAUUACCCCGUCUCCACUCUGAGAAUAUCACGUCCAGACCAACAUCCUCGAGCUCGGUCGCUCUCACCCCGACUUCCUCCACGUUCAUCAAAGGUCGCGACAUCCUAGGCCAAAUGCAGUCCUACGUCGUCCUCGACGAAGCCCGAGCGCCACCCAUCCCUCCCAACCACACCCGCUCUCCCACCCAAACAAAGAGCUCCCUCAUAUUCCCCGACGGACACAGCACCAGCGUGGCCCAGUCCCCCGUUUCACUCUCCGCCCCUUUCCCCUUGAGCUUUCCUUCUGCGCUACACGCCGAACCCCAGGCUUUACCUUCUUCGUCCUCCUCAAACGUAUCCUCGAUCAGCAUCAGCGGUCUCAGUCUGCAGGCCGCGGAGCAGGAGGCUUACGAUAGAGCGGCGUUUCGCGUGAACCGGCUUCCGAACCGGCACUUGGAUAUGGACCUGAAGACGUUGCAUCUCCACUUGUCGAUAAGAGUGACGGAGAUUUUGGCGUGUGCGGAGGCUAUGUGGGCUUGGGUUUUGGAGUUUCGGGAGGCGGAGAAGGCGAGGACGGUGAGACGGAGGGAUAGGGAUAGGACGAUUGGGCAGUUGGAUGUGCAGAGGGAGAGGGAGAGGGAUGCGGCGCCGUCAUCGUCUUUGGAGAAUGGGGGUGAGGAUGCUGGGAUGGAUUAUAAGGACGAGGUGAUGAAGAUGUCGCGAGCGGAGUUCGACGUCCUUCUGUCGUACUUUGAGAUGGACAUGUUCGACAGCAUCGACCUGUCAUCGUGCAUCGCUGGGUCAUUUCUCUGGCCUCUUCCUCCCGUAACACGAACACCAGAGCGCAAGUCUUUCGACAUCGCCUGCGCGAAAUGGGACGAACAUCAGGCUCAAGAACGCGCGAAGCGCCGUCCCUCCAGAUCUCCAGCCGUUCGUCAAAGAGCAUAUUCAUCCGCCGCCUCAGCCCCUGUUAUCGCCCAUUCCGCCGUGCGUCACACUGGUCAUCGUGCUAGCACCGGGGCUGUCCUCAGAAGGAGCACAUCUAUCGAUCGUGGACACGGCAAGAUGGCGGAGCCACCAAGCAACGAUGCCGAGGUCAAGCUGAAGUCCCCACCGCAACGGUUGAGUAGGGUGAUCCGUGUCUUUUGCGCCUGGAAACCGAGCUGAGUGCGAAAGUCUGGUCACGGUGUACGGUCAGGGCGAGGAUGGCUGGGUGAGUGGGUGGGUCGCUUUCCCGCGUAGCUACCUUGGACGAGGAGUGUGUGCUCGAGGUCGGACGUUGUACGGAUGGCUGGAUGGUCGUUUCGAAUACCCAACCCCAAGUAGGCAUUUGUGGCGUACUUCUUGGAUCAGUAGCCGCUGCGCUUUCCUCAAGCUUUCCCCUCCUUUGUCCGCCCAAAUCGUGCACGGAAUCCCGCUUGGAACAUCGCGACGAUACAGCCGCUCAAUCUCUGCGCUUAUCACUCGCCGGGUCAUUUUUGUCGUGCGCAUUCCAUCAUCAUGCCUGCAGUACAUACUGCGUGGCACUGCGUCUACGCCACCAUCUUUGAGCUGCCUCUCACGCCGCCCAUCUUAACGUGACCUCCUCCAAUGGUGUUAUCAGGCUCAAAAAAACUUCAUCGCAAUGGAUCCUUUUGGGCCGGGAGAAGAUCCCCCAGCUGCAGAUUAGCCAGCGGCGAGCAGAGCGAGGUGA